AUGGACAUGGUCCCAGCGGUCUUCGCCCAUAGUACUAUCGAAAUGCCCGACUUCCUCGAACUUGUCCUCCGCUCCAAAUCCAAGCCCAACGUCGAAGCUGGCGUGCGCGAGAUGAGAGUGUUUGUCAUGACGCGAUACCAGACACUUUCUGAGGUUACCUCUGCGGAUGAUCUGUUAUCCAUUAUCAGAGAUAUCGGGCGCUGCCAUACCCAUGCUUACCUUGAGGCCCGCCUCCUGCAUCGCGAUAUAUCGUUCAAUAAUAUCGGUUGGUAUCGGGAUGAAAAGGGAAAGGCGAGAGGCGUGCUGCUUGAUUGGGAUUUGGCAGCUGAAGUGAACGAAGCAGGGGAGCCAAUGGGAGCUACUGCCCGGCACCGAACAGGAACGCCAGCAUAUAUGUCUAUGCGACUACUUGAGUCUCAUGACAGCAGCCAUGAACCGGUGGACGACAAAGAAUCGCUGUUCUGGGUCAUGGUGAGCGCAAUGACGAAGAAGCACCUCCAUGGAUCAAAGUUUUUCAAGGCGUUCCGGCGUGGUGGUCAAGACAUGUGGGCGCAAAUUGCCCGAGAGAAGAAAGCCUUUCUCGAGAAUCUCUUGAGGCCCAAGGGUAGCAAGUGGCCGGAACACGUGCACGAGAACUUCCAUGAACUGCUCCCAACUAUUAUUCACUGGGCUACGGACCUCCAUUGGUUUUCCAUGUUGUUGUCCAUGGCCGAGGUGCCUAAUCACCCAUUUUGGAACAACAGGGGGGGGGGGGUCACAGGAGAGCUCGCACAGGCAAAAUCGAAGUUGAUUAGACUGGAGGCUUUGUUCGGAUUCGACGAUCAUAUUCCUGUUGGUGCAUAA